AUGCUUCUCCCCUCCAGUAUCACCCUCUUGUCACUAUUCACAACCACACUGGCCAGUGCCUUACCGCAAGGCGCAAACACAUGGAAAACACUGCAAUCCAUCCCCAUCGCGCCGCGACAAGAGCACAGCGUUGUUUCCAUUUCAGAAAAGAUAUUAGCAAUCCUCGGCGGAAUUGUCCCCAAUAAAGACGCAAAUGGCGUCGAGACUACAGGAAUCGUGCAGUUCUUCAACACGCGCACAAAUCAAUGGCGGCGAUUCGCAACAGAGGCACCUGUGAAGACUAACCACCCCAACGUCGCUGCUGUCAAUGGCAAGAUGUACCUGCUAGGCGGUCUUUCGGAUGAUGAUAACGGCGCCUGGAGAGCUUUCCCCAAUUCUUGGGUUUACAAUCUUGACCUUGACGAGUGGACAGAGCUUGAGCCACUUCCCGAGAGCGAGGCGAGGGGCAGUGCUGCUGUGGGCGUUCACGGCAACGUUAUCUACAUGGCUGGUGGUAUGAGCAUCCUCGAGCCCAGACCAAACGGAACCCAAGGCACCGUCGAUGUUGUAUCCGCCUUUGACACCAAAACUUCCAAAUGGCUUGAUCUUCCUGAAGCCGCAAAAACACUCCCCGAAGCACGCGACCACGCAGGUGUUUCCAUCGUCAAGAACAAGCUCUACGUCCUCGGCGGCCGCACCCAAGGCCAGCACAACGUCAAAGACACCGUCUUCAUCCUCGAUCUCGACAACCUGGAAGCCGGCUGGACAACAAGCGAAGCAAAGAUGCCCACUCCCCGCGGCGGUGUUCUCUCAGCAACUGUUGGCAGCAAGGUCUACAUCAUGGGCGGAGAGGGCAACCCGGUGGACGGCAGUAAGGGCAUUUACGAUCAGGUUGAGGUUUUCGAUACCGAGACUGAGACGUGGGAGGAGCUUGGGACUAUGAAGGUUCCUCGACAUGGAGGUGCGGCUGUUCCUGUCAAGCGCGGCAUUUACAUCCCUGGUGGAGGUGUUGCUGUGGGCGGCGCUCCUGUUGAUACCGUCGACGUUUAUUGGCCUUGA